GACACCAGCAAAAACAUUCACGAUAAUCAGCUGUUUCCAUGACCAGGCUAUUGUGAUAUGAUUUGUUUUGGCAUCUAGCAUGGCCAUUUCUUGUGCUGUACGACUUCGUAGCUGGCGGAAUUGCUCGCUAUCUACACGACUCCUUUCAUGCAGGCAUAUUUCUAAGAAGGCAUCUGAGUUCGCCAGCAGUAAAUUCUUCCGGGUAUCAGAAGAAAUCAAGGACGCUAUAGCUACCGAGCGACCUGUGGUUGCACUAGAGUCGACCAUAUAUACGCACGGUUUCCCGUACCCGGAUAAUGUAGCGCUUGCCUCGCUACUAGAAUCAGUUGUGCGGAGCAAUGGAGGUAUUCCCGCAACAAUUGCAGUGUUCAAUGGUAUAGCUCGCGUGGGUUUAGCCGCUGAAGAAAUUAUCGAGGUGGCAGCUAGUGCUCAGACGAAAAGCGCGCUGAAAGUUUCGCGGCGUGAUAUUGGCUAUAUUUGUGGACUAGGACUCGCGGGCAAGCACAUUCAUGGCGGAACCACCGUUUCAGCACCAUGAUUCUUGCCCAUCUGGCUGGUAUCAAAGUUUUUGGUACUGGUGGUUUAGGGGGCGUCCAUCGAGGGGCAGAGGUGUCAAUGGAUAUAUCAGCCGAUUUGACGGAACUAGGGAGGACCCCUGUUGCUGUAGUCAGCUCAGGCUGCAAGAGCUUUCUGGAUAUUCCCAAAACUCUUGAAUAUCUCGAAACCGAAGGUGUUCUUGUUGGCACUUUUGCAGACGGCCGAAAGGGCCAUGUCGAUUACCCAGCAUUCUGGACUCGCGAUAGUGGAAUACCGAGUCCGAAGGUGAUUCAGAAUGAGCUCGAUGCUGCGGCGAUGAUUUAUGCCCAGAAUCAACUGGGCUUGACAUCGGGAAUCCACUUCGCAAACCCCAUCCCGGAAAAGUACUCUAUUCCCAAGGCCGAGAUGGAUAGGGUAAUAGACGAAGCGGUCAGAACAGCUGCAGCAGAGGGAUUCCACGGAAGCGACAAUACGCCGUUUAUUCUUGCAAAGAUUAAAGAGCUCACUGGCGGUAGUAGUAUACCUGCGAAUCGCGCGCUUAUCGAAUCAAACGUGCAGCGCGCAACGAAAGUAGCAGUCGAGUUGAUGAAACUUGAACGAGCUCAUAAACACCCAGAAUAUCGAUCAAUACCAGUGAGUUCCGAUCUAACGUCCUCCCUUGGCUCGUCAGUCUCAGCGCCGACACCUGAUACAGGAAGUGUAGCGGCUAUAGGCAGAUCAACUUCACCUAUCGACAACCUGGGGAAAGUAGACGUGCUAGUCGCUGGCUCGUUGGCUAUUGAUCUAUCCUGUGACUUUACUCCUUUCGGUUCUCAAAAAGCCGCAGUCAGUCCUUCCGUGCAGACUUCAAAUCCGGCUACGAUCGAGCAAAGCUUAGGGGGUGUAGGUUACAAUGUCGCAAUUGCUGCAAGUUACGUUGGAAGCACAACUCUCUUCUGCAGCGUUGUUGCGGAUGACCUAAGCGGCAAAGCAGCUCUGGCCGCUGUUGAGCAAGAAGGUCUAGAGACUACAGGUAUCCAAACCUUGUCUCUCUCUUUGGGUGUGAGGACCGCUCAGUACAUUGCCGUCAACGAUGCCAAGAAAGAUCUUUUCGUGGCCAUGGCAGAUAUGGCUAUUAUGGAGCUUCCAGACCACGACCUCAACAUGGAAGGGUUCUGGGGCGCUAUUGUCGCGCAGGCACGACCGAACUGGAUUGUGGUAGACGGGAAUUGGAGUCCUGCCGUGAUCUCCAAAUGGAUUGAACUUGGUCAAACGGUCGGGGCUCGCAUUGCCUUUGAACCCGUCUCUACCGCGAAGGCUACCAGACUCUUUGCAGGACUAGAGACGAAUAAGUCUUCUUGUGUAAUUGGACCGUCUGACACCGUUCCACGAUCAAAACUUGACCUUGCUGCACCCAACGAACUUGAACUUAGAUCUAUGUACUCUACAGCCCGUGAAAAUGGAUUAUUCGAUUCACCGGAAUGGUGGAAUAUCAUCAACGAACUCAACCUCUCCAGUGCCGGAUCCCGCGAUUUGCUUGUGUCGGUUACCUCUCCAUCGUUGGUUGACGCGGGUAUUCCACAGCAAAGCAUACAGUUACUGCCGUUUAUCCCCAAUCUGCUCAUCAAACUGGGUCCUCAGGGUGUGCUCCUCACACAACUUUUACCGCGCGAAGAUGCGCGUUUGACGUCACCUGAUUGUUCACCAUAUAUCAUCUCUCGAAGCGAUGCGUCUGCAGGGAAUGGAAACGAAAUGGUUGGAGGUGUUUAUAUGCGUCUAUUCCCUCCGGAGACGAUACUAGCUGAUGAAGAUGUGGUAAGCGUCAACGGAGCAGGCGAUACACUGCUAGGUGUAGUUGUGGCAGGACUUUCCAACGGCCACAAUGCAGGAAAAUACAUCAAAGACUUUAUUCCGCUCGCUCAGAGGGCUAGUUUAUGUACAUUACAGGGCAAGGGAGGUGUCAGUCCUCGAAUAAGGGAGCUUCAGGCGUCGCUAUAACUAAUCAGAGUAU